AUGAGUCACGAUGAGUCUUGCCUCAAACGCCAAUCAAACGGAGCUCACGGAGGGUCCGGUGGCGGCCUGAGCCUUCGGGCGGUCAACCGAGUUGCACGUAACCCUGCGCCCCCGCCGGGUAUAUCUCGCGCGAUCCCCUUCUUCCUUCCUCAGGACACUACUCCUCGGGCCUCUGUGACCGAGUCCAACUUCAAACUCUUCAAGUCUGAUUGGGACUUCCCUUUCUUCUCCACGCCACUUCUUGCAGCGCCGCGGCCGCUAAGCAGACCUUCGUCGUCUUCUGGCAACCACAACAACACCGACCCGCCAUCAAACCUCCAUGGGAAUCACCUUCCAUGGUCUAGUUUCUCUCAGUUUUCCGAAAAUUCUACGCUCCUUUCUCUGGCGUCGCCGGCGGGAUGUAUUCCGACGACCCUUCCUUACAACCAUUCCUUUGAAUCAUUUGCUCAAGAGCCGGAUCUUUGGGCAGAGCCAGAUCUGUCCUUCGCCUGUUCCGACUGGAACCUUUUACCUGUCGGCCAUCCUGUAUCAUAUUCUGCCAAUGUUGGUGGCGUCCAUUCAACCGUCAACAACAUGGAAUAUGGCAUGCCUUCUACAUUCACUUCGCUUUCGGAUUCAGGAUCCAAUGAGCCCCCAACACUUCACACUUCUCUCCUUCCUAGCUCAUCUAAUUCACAAGAUGAGAAUUAUUAUGCUUCCCCUAUUUCUCAGAUUCCUAGUUCCGCGUCGACAUCUCUAUCCAGUCCCGCCACAUCACAGAGUGAUGAAGUCUUGAGCCGUGUGGACUCAUCCCGCGUUGAAAAACGCAGGUUGAACACCCUCGCAGCUCGCAGAUGUCGCCAGAGACGAGUUGACCGGAUGAAGAGUCUAGAAGAUGAAUUGGAAAGUAUCAGGAGAGAGCGCGAUGAGUUGAGACUCAAGGUCUCAAAGCUAGAAGGUGAAACUGAGGCUUUGAAGGGGCUUCUCACUCGGAAGAGCAAGUGA